GAAAGUUCCUUCUCCGAACACUUUUCCGUUCUCUGUAGCCCUGCAAUAGCCCCGGGAUUGCAGGGCUUUUAUUUUCCUUCAGCUGAUUACCUCUCUCUCUCCAUUUCUUAGCCUUCCAUUAAGUCUAACUAAUCUUCUGCAAACCCCAUAUCCCCUGUGUCCCAUCGCUGAUCUCUCUCUUCACAUUCACUGGGAAGAAGGAUUCCUCCCAAGGAGUUGGAAUUCGAGGGUUUCUUCUUGCGUUGCUCAAUGUCUCAUCUUUAAAUUUUUUGUUGGGUGAUCAUAAGGUUCCAUUUGGAGGUUUUCUGGAGCAUCUUGGGCUGUUGGAUUUGCAGAUCUGAGUUUCUGGGAUUCUUGGAGACAGUUUCGCAGUUCAAUUGCGCCUGUCAAGAUGUUUUGGCGAAUGGCAGGAUUGUCCACGGCAUCUCCCGUGGAGACAAUUCUGGAUAAGGAGAACUUCACUAUUGAGGAACUUCUUGACGAAGAUGAAAUAAUUCAAGAAUGCAAAUCGCUCAAUGGUCGUCUUAUAAAUUUUCUGAGAGAAAGGGCCCAGGUGGAGCAACUGCUCCUCUACAUUGUGGAGGAAGCUCCUGAAGAUGCUGAAAAGAGACGAACUUUCAAGUUCCCUUUUAUUGCGUGUGAGAUUUUUACUUGCGAGGUUGACAUCAUACUCAAAACAUUGGUAGAGGAUGAGGAGUUGAUGCGUUUGUUGUUCUCAUUCUUGGAACCUAACCACCCCCAUAGCACAUUACUAGCAGGGUAUUUCAGCAAGGUUGUCAUAUGCCUGAUGUUACGGAAAACAGUUCCAUUUAUGACUUAUGUCCAGGCUCAUCAGGAAAUUUUCCGCCAGCUGGUUGAUCUAAUUGGGAUUACAUCCAUUAUGGAGGUUUUAAUUCGUCUUAUUGGAGCUGAUGAGCAAAUGUAUACCAACUACUUGGAUGCAAUGCCGUGGUUAGAAGAUACAGAUGUGCUUGAGAUGAUUGUGGAUAAGUUCAGCUCAUCUGAUUCUCCUGAAGUGCAUGCCAAUGCAGCAGAAAUACUCUGUUCCAUAACUCGUUAUGCUCCUCCUGGCCUUGCUGCAAAAAUUGCCAGCCCAAGUUUUGUUGGACGAUUAUUUCAUCAUGCAUUGGAAGAUUCAAGACCAAAAUCUGUUUUAGUUCACUCAUUGUCUGUAUGCAUAUCAUUGCUGGACCCCAAGAGGUUAUCAUCAGGUCCAUAUCAUACAUAUGGCCGCCAGCUGUCUCAUGUACCAAUAGUAACUGCUACUCCUGAGACAGUUGAUGGCAUGCUGGAGAGUGUAGGUGAUUUACUCAAACUUCUGGAUGUGUCAUCUGCCGAGAGCAUCUUGCUGACUACAUAUGGAAAGUUGCAGCCUCCUCUUGGCAAACACCGUCUGAAGAUUCUGGAGUUCGUCUCUGUUCUGCUGACAUUUGGUAGUGAAGCUGCUGAGAAGGAAUUGAUUCAGCUAGGAGCUAUACAACGUGUUUUAGAUUUAUUCUUUGAAUACCCGUACAAUAACUUUUUGCAUCGCCAUGUGGAGAACAUCGUAGUUUCAUGCUUGGAAAACAAGAAGCUUCCACUUGUUGAACAUCUUCUUCACAACUGUGGCCUUGUUGGAAAAAUACUAGGAGCAGAAAAGAAUUUCACUUUGGCAACUGAUCCAGACAAGCCAACAGUUCCUGUUGAGGGAAAAUCACCGCCAAGAAUAGGAAAUAUUGGACAUAUUACACAUAUAGCUAACAAGCUUGUUCAAUUGGGGGGAAGCAACAGUCAAGUGCAGGCUUAUUUGCAGGAAAAUGCUGAAUGGGUUGAUUGGCAUGCAAAUGUCCUACUCAAACGCAAUACAAUGGAGAAUGUCUACCAGUGGGCCUGUGGGAGGCCAACUGCUUUACAGGACAGAAAUAGAGACAGUGAUGAUGAUGAUUUUCGUGAUAGAGAUUAUGAUGUGGCAGCAUUGGCUAAUAACUUGAGCCAAGCUUUUAGAUAUGGCAUUUACAGUAAUGAUGACAUUGAAGAGGUGCAUGGUUCACUGGAACGUGAUGAUGAGGAUGUUUACUUUGACGAUGAAUCUGCUGAAGUUGUCAUCUCUUCUCUGCGUCUGGGUGAUGACCAGGACAGUGGCUCUCUCUUUACAAAUUCCAACUGGUUUGCUUUUGAGGAUGAUAGAAUUGCCAGUGAGCGCUCAAAUGGUUCGCUUGCUUCACCCUCGCCUAAUGCAGAGACCGGUGUUCUCAGCAGCAGCAGUGAUGAUGAGGUUAUUGUUGGUGAAGAUGAUGACCUAGUUGAUACAGCUGAUACAGCUACAUCUUUACAAGUGCCUGAACUGGGCCCCAAGGUAUUGGAUCCCAGUGGUGCAGUUACACCAGAUGGUCUGUCACAGGAUCUGAAAGAAGAAAUAAGACCUGAUGAAGGUGGUAAAUCACCAGAAUGGGUCCAGUGGAGAGAGACAUCAGAUGGCGUUGAUCCAUCUAUUGCAGAUCAUCCGCAUCUACCAAAUGGUGAGAUUGAAGUGGAUUCAAAGGAUAAUAUUGACACGGAUUCUAUUGAACGUUUGCCUCCAUCCACUGACAAUGUGAACAAUAGUAGCUGCAAGGAAGCCAGAGAGUCACCAGAGAUCACCAAUGAGAACCCAAGUCUCAAUCACUCUGAAGCGUCAGAAUUUGGUGAUGGAAAUUCUAUUUCUGACCCAGAUGCCCGUGCAGAUGUAGAAAUGCUAGGGAAAGAAAGCAGCACUGAAGCUGCAGAUCAUGAGAAGAAAGCAGUUGAAGAUAAAGCAGAAAACUAAUGCUCUACAAAUUUGUUUGGUGGUGCUGCCUUAACGAGGAUCUGGCUGCAGGUUGCAGAGCCAAGGGUGAACCUGCAGGGCCCUCGGGGCCCUAUCCAAAAUUCCAAAAGUUUUAUUGUGGGUAAUGUAGUGGCCCCUUUGUAUCAGAGACAGAGGAUGUAGUCCUCAGUCUUCUGAAACCACUCAUUAUUUCCUUUGCUCCCCACCACCUCCCUUUGUCAAAAGCCGAAAUAUUUAUCUAUGAAACAUAUCUUUGGUACAUCCAUUGUACAAGUCAAAAACGAAAAGCUUGUAAAGUGCAGGGUGGAGCAUGAUUGUAAAGUUUACAUUAGAGAACAUUGUAAACCCAAGUUGACCAUGCAUUA